UGUGUGGAUUCAGAGUUUCCACUUCGAUGUUUUCGCUUUCGAAAGGUACUAGCCCUGAUUUUGGCCUUACCCAUAUCAUUGUCAAGAGUCUAUCCUAGAGUGCGUGCUAUCAAAUUUAUUUCUCCAUGAUGUUUGACAAACAAAUGCCAAUGGUAUGUAUGGUCUAAAAGUGUCUCUUCCUCCUCAUCUCUCUCAGCUCUGUCACCUCUUUGAAAAAUUGGAUCACAUUUGAGAAGAAAUGGUCUAAAAGUGUCUCUUCCUCCUCAUCUCUCUCAGCUCUGUCACCUCUUUGAAAAAUUGGAUCACAUUUGAGAAGAAAACUAAGGAAAGAAGCUCAGAAGUUUUCUGUUUGCCAAACCCUAAAACAAUGGGUAGAGGCAGCUAUUGGAAUAACAGUGCUGCCGUGAAACGGUGUAUUUGUAUGGUUGCAGCGAUAUGGCUUCAAUCUGUCAAUGGCACCAACUUCAUAUUUUCUAACUAUUCUUCUGAUCUGAAGAAGACUAUGGGUAUUAACCAGACUAGACUAAACAAUUUGGCGGUGGCUUCUGAUCUUGGCAAAUUCACUGGGUGGGUUUCUGGUGUUGUGUCCAUGCUUUUCCCUACUUGGGCUGUGCUGAGCAUUGCCAUGAGCUUGGGAAUGGUGGGCUAUGGUGUUCAGUGGUUCAUGUUAACUCAAAUCAUUGGCCCUUUGGCCUACUGGCAGGUAUGCAUGUUGUGCUUUCUGGCUGGCAAUAGCAUCUGCUGGUUCAACACUGUAAGCUUCAUGGCCGCCGUAGGCAACUUUCCCAACAGUAGAGGAAUUGCUUCUGGUUUAAGCACAAGCUAUUCAGGGCUAAGCGCUGUUAUUUAUACCUGUCUUUCCUCAGUGAUAGAUCCGGGGCACCCCUCAUCUUACUUACUGUUGAGCUCUGUGGUUCCUGCAAUAGUUGCCCUAAUUUCAGCAAUCCUGCUUCAUGUUUCUCAGUUGAAGAUGGCCAAGGAAGAGGAGGGAGAUAAGAGAAUCAUGACGCUAUUCACUCUGAUUGCUAUUGUCACUGUCAUAUACUCCAUACUAUAUGAAUUCAUACCCCAUACAAAUCGUAGGACAGAAGGAAUUUACAUGUCUGUGUUGAUUAUACUCCUACUUUCCCCCCUCUACGUACCCUUAAAGUUAGCCUUUGGCAUGGAUGCCACCAAAACGACAAUAAUAUCGAAUUACAAUUCAAGCUCAAGACCGAUUCAGGAAGAACACGACCCAAAAAGUGCAGAAAGAGACAAUUCCAUCAUCCAUGAAACUUUUCAAGAAAAUUCCAUCACUACCCAAGAAGCCAUAGACAAUACAACUCUUGACAUAGGACUGGAAGACCAACAGAGGGCUCUACACAGAUCAAGUCCAUCCCUGGGAGAGGAGCACAGCAUCAAGCAACUCUUAUCAAGCAUUGAUUUCUGGUUAUAUUACUUGGUAUAUUUCUGUGGAGGAACUGUGGGUUUAAUAUAUAUAAACAACCUGGGUCAGAUUCUACAGUCCCUGGGAUAUACCAAAACACCGAUUCUAGUGUCUCUGGUUUCCUCCUUCGGAUUUUUCGGACGAAUUGCUUCAGGGUGUCCUGAUUACAUCCAGCAAUGGACGGCGUUUGAAAGCUGCAGAAAGAUGCCUCGGACUGCAUGGAUAGCAAUAUGGAUGGUACCCAUGUCAAUAGCAUUCUUCAUGAUGGCUCUGCUCAAUCCAAUGAGCGCUACAGUCCUUUACCUGAGCACCGCCAUUGUUGGAACUUCUUCAGGAGCCAUAACCAGCAUAGCCAUUCCUGUAUCCUCAGAGCUAUUUGGGAUGGAACAUUUUGCUGUGAAUCACAACAUUGUGGUAACGAAUAUUGCAUUGGGCUCCAUUCUUUUCGGAGAAAUUGCAGGAAUCAUUUAUGACAGUUCUGGAAAAGGGCGACAUGUGUGCAUCGGAAAACAGUGCUUCCAUAAAACUUUUGUGCUGUGGGGAUGCGUUUGUUCCUUUGGAAUCAUUCUGUGCGUGAUCUUGUGUCUCAGAACGCGUGAAUUGUACGAAUCUAUCCACAGACAACGCCAAAAUCACAAUUGACAAAGUAAUAUAAAACUCAUAUUCCUGCCUUCCUUUCAUUACAACCCCAAUUUCUCAACAGUUUCUUUUUGAAAGCUAUGGUUCAUGUCGGUUGCACAAACAUUUACGAAAUCUGUCCUGUCAAAACAGCAAAAAAGGCUAAAUUUUUAAAUUCCAUCUUCGUGGUAGGACUCGGCGUAGAGACAACGAAAAUGUUUGGACAAAUCUUUCUUCUACAUUUGUCGUUACUGUUUGAAUGCAACCAUUCAAUAGAGGCCACGCAUUACUAUAACCAUUUUAAGGCAAUGAAAUCGGGAUCGUGAAAGCAGGACAGAGAUCCCGGUUUUUUGAAGCUUCUUUGAACUUAUUAGAGAUUUUUCUUUUUAAAGGUCGUUUUGUUGUGGAUGAAUUAAAGUGCCAUUGAAUGAGAGACGCAUAAU